CAGCGAGGGCGCGCAUCUCUGUCCUCCGCUUGUGAAGCGACUGCAGGGGAGCCAGAUGCCCGACUGCGAGCCGCUGCCUGUGGAUACCCAUCACCCAAAUGCCAGAGCAGGCGAGAGAACCACAGACAUCCCCGUGACAGGGGAGAAAAAAAGAGCAGAGAAUAAAAGGGCAGUGAACGGAAUUGUUUCUUUUUUGUUUCUUCCUCUUCCUACAUUUCCUUUUUCCCCCCCCUUUUUCUCCUCCUCCUCCCUUCCACUCGCUCUCUCUCUCCUUGUGUUUCAUCCUCUGCUUCAAAUGAAGAGCUUCCUUGGACUUGGAGUACCGGGCAUCACUAGAAAAAAAUCCCAGUUAUCCUAUACUCUGCCUCUCCUCCUCCUGCUGCUGCGGCGCUGCUAACUGUGAGCGCGUCCUCCUUCCUUCCUUCCCUCACUGCUUUGGAAUAUACAGCGUGCCUAUAUGCGCAAAAACCAUGGAGAUUAUAUGACGUGGAUUUAUCUUUUAAACAAAACUGGCCAUCUACAGUAACGACGUCCCUUCUUCUUCUUCUUUUUUCAUUUUGCCUCUUUUUUUGUGCGUUCUUCUCUUCUUUCCUUUUAGCUCUGUGGCUACUUUAUGAUUUCAUGUCCUCCGCUUAUUUCUCCCUCGUUUCUGUUUUAUUUUGACACUUGAUUAUUAUUGUUAUUGGUUUUUUUUUUUUUUUUGGUCGCUUUUGGACACGCAGAAAGUGGGAUGCCUGGCAGAGAACAUUUGUGGCUGAGAAGAUUUCCGCGCAGCAGCGAGGGUGAAUGAAUGAUAGUCUCCUUCUCCAUCUGAGACGUGCCAUGGAUGGGAAACUUAAUUUGUAUCCACGGAACCGAUCGGGGAAUAGCCGUCGCAUCAAAUAACUACUGCUGACAGCGAUCAGGACGAAUGUCAUAGGAUGAACACUGCUGGUGGGGUGUGUCUGUCUGUGCUGUCCUCUCUCCUGGCUGUGGCUGGGGCCCUGGCUGCCGCGUCUGCCCUCGUUCUAGCUCCUCUCUCUGCCCUGGUUGAGGUUGCCUAUGGGGCUGCCGAUAGCAUCCCCAGCACCGGGGCAGAGGGGGCUCCCUCGCCCAUCUCAUCACCAUGUUCCAGCCUUGUAGCCGGGGUGCUCUAUGGCUCUUUCUCCCUAAGGGAGCUCUUUCCCUCCAGGGCGCCGGGUUGUUCCUGGUCUCUGGAAAACCCAGAUCCCACCAAGUACUCCCUCUACCUCCGCUUCACCCGCCACCCUGUCAUCUGUCGGACACACUCACCCAUGCUCCUGUCCCUUGACCACCACCUAGCCAAUCAAAGCUGUCCCCUUCAUUUACAGACGGCCACUGCCAGGGAUCAGGAAGUCAUUGAUCUCUGUGGCAGCCAAUCUAACUCAGAUGGACCUUACUCCUUCCUACAGUUUGAUAAGAAUUUUGUCCAACUGUGUCUAACAAGACAUCCAGCUGCAGACGAGCCUCAGGUAACUAAGGAACUGCUGGAGCUGAGACUGGUUGAAGUGCUGCUCAUUAACAAUGAGAACUCCAGUCAGUUCACCUGUGGCGUGCUUUGCCGAUGGUUUGAGGAGUGUUUGCGCACAGAUAACAAUGGAGACCAGGAUGUUUCAGAUGGGGAUGGUUGCGGGAUGACCCAGACUGGCUGUAUUUGUCCAAAUCACAACAUCAUGGCACCACCAGUUCCACUGCUCCCGGAGACGCCGCACACUUUCAGCAAUGGAUCGCAGGUUCCUGAUGACUGCUGUGUCACUGAACUGCAUUCCAGUGAUGCUAUCGCCAUAGCACCUAGGGAUGUCCGACAAGACCCGUAUGAUGACGAUCUCAAGGUGAAGACCCAAAGACCACGAUCAGCUGACCAGCCAGGUGUGUUUCAGGCACAAACAGGCGACCCUGCAGCAGAGGAGUGGUCACAGUGGAGUGUGUGUUCUCUCACAUGUGGGCAGGGCUGGCAAGUGAGGACCAGAUCGUGUGUUUCUUCUCCCUACGGGACGUUGUGCAGCGGCGCCCUGCGGGAGACACGCAUGUGCAACAACACCGCCUCCUGUCCAGGUGAACCUGGACUCAUAGGCUCAGUGCAUGGGCUGCAUGAGGAGUGGUCAACAUGGAGUCUGUGUUCUGUGACCUGUGGGCGGGGCUCCAGGACUCGAACCAGGAACUGUGUGGACGGAGGCGGGGUCGUGGCUUGUGGACGGCCUGAGAUUCAGACCAAACUCUGCAACAUAGCAGUGUGUCCUGUGGAGGGCCAGUGGUUGGAGUGGGGCCCCUGGUCCAAGUGCAGUGUGACGUGUAACACAGGAACCCAGCAGAGGCAGAGGCGCUGCAGUGCAUCGGUGCACGGCUGGGCUGAAUGUAAGGGCUCGCAUCAGGAGAGCAGAGAAUGCACCAACCCAUCAUGCAGCGGUGGAGGUAACUGGGGCAGCUGGAACCACUGGAGUCUCUGCAGCAAGACGUGUGACUCCGGAUGGCAGCGACGGUUCAGGAUGUGCGAGGGUACCGGAGUCCAGGGCUACCCCUGCGAUGGCUCGGGAGAGGAGGUUCGGGCCUGUAAUGAGAAGAAAUGCCCCGCACCUCAUGAGAUAUGCAAAGAGGAACACCUCCUCGCUAUGUCAUGGAAGAGAGCCUCCGCUGGAGAAACUGUCUACAACAAGUGUCCUACUAAUGCCACUGGAUCUGCUAGUCGUCGUUGUAUGCUGGACAAUAAUGGAGUUGCUUUCUGGGGUCCUCCGAGCUUCGCCAGAUGCAUCUCACUUGACUAUAGAUAUUUACAUUUAUCUUUACGAGAGCAUCUCGCGAAGGGUCAGAGGACCCUGGCUGGGGAGGGCAUGUCUCAGAUCGUACGGAGUCUCCUGGAGCUCUUGCAGAGGAGGAGCUACUACAGUGGCGACCUUCUCUUUUCCACGGAGAUCCUGCGAAAUGUGACGGACACCUUCAAAAGAGCAACCUACAUCCCAGCUCCCGACGACGUGCAGAAAUUCUUCCAGAUAGUCAGCCUCAUGUUGGACAUUGAAAAUCUAGAGAAAUGGGAGGAUGCUCACCAGGUCGCUCCCGGUGCCGCUUUGCUGAUGAGGAUAUUAGAAGAUUUCAUUCACCUCAUUGGAGAAGCCCAGAAGCCUUUUCAAAGUUUUCUAGUGGUUACCAACAAUCUCAUGAUAACCAUCCAACGAGAGCCAGUGUCAGCAGUUUCCAGUGAUAUCAACUUCCCCAUGAAGGGCCGGAGAGGAAUGAAGGACUGGGCCAGAACAGCAGAAGACAAGCUUUACAUCCCUAAAGAGGUGUUCACCAUCCCAGCCGAGGAGACAGAAACGGACUCGGAAUCUACAAUGUACUAUGUAAUCGGAGCCAUCUUGUAUAGGACACUGGGUGUGAUCUUACCUGCACCAAAUCCCCCUGCGGUGAUCAAUUCCAAGAUCCUGACUGUGACAGUACGACCGGAACCGCAACCCAGUGAGCCCAUGGUGGUGGUGGAGCUGUCACCACUUUUAAAUGGUACAUCGGAUCCUCAGUGCGUUGUCUGGGACUACGGCAACCCGGAAGCUGGCGCAGAAAACUGGGGCACAGAAGGCUGCCAAACGCUCGCGUCAACCACUGUCCACACCAAAUGCCUGUGCAGCAGAAUAUCCACCUACGCCGUGUUAGCGCAGCAAGCUAAAGACCCGGACAUGGGUCCUACCAGCAUGCCCUCUGUGCCCCUCAUGGUGGGCUGUGGGGUCUCCUGCACUGCUCUGCUCAUCCUGCUGCUAAUCUACGCUGCCUUCUGGAGGUAUAUCCGAUCGGAGAGAUCAAUCAUCUUGGUGAAUUUUUGCCUCUCCAUCCUGGCCUCCAAUUUAUUGAUUUUGGUUGGACAAUCGCAAACGCUUAGCAAGGGCCUCUGUACUGUGACUGCUGCCUUCCUGCAUUUCUUCUUCUUGGCGUCCUUCUGCUGGGUGCUGACUGAGGCGUGGCAGUCCUACCUGGCCGUCAUCGGCAAAAUGAGGUCGCGACUCAUUCGCAAGCGCUUUCUGUGCCUCGGCUGGGGUCUUCCAGCCCUCGUUGUAGCAGUGUCAGUGGGUUUCACCAGAGCAAGAGGUUACGGCACAGCCAGCUAUUGCUGGUUGUCCUUGGAGGGCGGUUUGCUUUAUGCCUUCGUCGGGCCUGCUGCUGUCAUUGUGCUGGUGAAUAUGCUCAUUGGAAUUGUGGUGUUUAACAAGCUCAUGUCUCGAGACGGCAUCUCAGACAAGUCGAAAAAGCAGCGAGCGGGUGUCCCAGCGGAGGCGCGUAGCCGACUGCUCCUGAAAUGCUCCAAGUGUGGCGUGAUCUCGAGCACCGCUCUGUCCAGCUCGACUGCCAGCAGCGCCAUGGCAUCUCUGUGGAGCUCCUGUGUGGUUCUUCCUCUGUUAGCAUUAACCUGGAUGUCAGCAGUGCUGGCCAUAACCGACCGCCGCUCAACACUCUUCCAGGUCCUCUUUGCCGUCUUUGACUCUGUCCAAGGUUUCGUCAUCAUCACUGUCCACUGCGCCAUGCGCCGAGAGGUGCAGGAUGCGGUGCGCUGUCGAAUGGGGGGAUGUAAAGACGACAGUGAAAACUCACCAGACUCCUGCAAGAAUGGACAGGUGCAGAUCAUGAAGUGUUCAAAUGUGGGCUCCUGUGGACAGCAGCGUGGCUCUAUGCGUUACGGCACCACCCUGUGCCUGUCGGGUUGCCACCAGCAGCCGCUGCCUCCAACGGCCCACCAGACAUGCCAGCAAGCCUGUCACCACAGUCUGCCCCGCAACAACUACGGGCUAGAGCACGGCCACGCUCAUGGCCACGCACAUGAGCACAAACCUCUCCUCAACAAUACCCACAACCACAACCACGCCCAUAAUCACAUCAGCAGCCAACCAACGGAUUUUGAGAAGGAUGUGGACUUGGCUUGUCAAACAGAGAGAGGACACCCAUUCAUUUUCAAAGAGGUGAACACCUGUAACCCAGCCACUAUCACUGGGACCCUUUCACGCAUCUCCUUGGAUGAUGAGGACGAUCCUAAGCUGGCAGCCCAUCAGGAGGGUGGAGUGGGUGUCAACUUCAGCUCCCUCCCUGGGAACAUCCCUCCUCCCAACCUUAUUGUACAGGUUCCACCCCUAGGAGGCCUCAAUGAGCUGAGCGAGACCCCCCUGAAGAAGGAGGUGAAUGUGGACCAGCAGAGACAGCAGGGGCAGCAACGCAGUGGUGCUCCAAUCUACCUGUGCACCGAGAGUGGCCUGGGCUGGGCUCGACUGCCAGCUUCCUCCAACACCUCCCAGGACGGAAGUGCCGGGAGCGGAGGAAGUGGAGGCGGAGGAGGAAGUGGCGGAGGCGGGGAGGGAGACUACAUGGUCUUACCUCGUAGGACGGUCAGUCUCAAACCUCCAGCGUCCUCCUCCCCGGGAGGAGGCGUGGGACUGGGGGGCGAGGACAAGCCUCUCAACAUCGCAGUGGAGGAUCCUCCCUUCCCCCCGCCUCCCUCCCCCCUGACCCUACACCCGGCUGAGAGUGAGGCCUACCCGGCGGAUUUUGUGCCGUCCAGUGUAGGCGACAUGAACAUCACCAUGAACCUCAACCGCUCCUAUGGGACGAUCAAAACCAUGCCCCAUGGGCACGGUCACCUGAUGGCUCAGGGUGGUCUUGUGCACUCCCACGGAGGACACAUGCAUUCCCAUGGGCAUUCUCUCCAGCUGAAGCCGGGCCAGAGGCCAUCAGUCAGACAGAUUCUGACAGGGGGAACUACAGUGGAGAGAACCAGGACCCUGCCACGCAACCUGGGCAGCACCAAUGCCAACACCAGCCUCUCAGCAGGAUCUCUGGAGAGGAAAAGAGUACGGUACUCUGAGCUGGACUUCGAGAAAGUGAUGCACACUCGCAAAAGACAUUCUGAGCUGUACCAUGAGCUCAACCACUCGUCCAAGUUCCACACCAUAGACAGGUAUAACAGGGACCCAGCCAUGUCCACAUUCAAGGUGCCCCCUCCCCCACCACCGAGGCACAACACAGAGCCGUCGCUAGUGCGCAGAACGUCCCUUGUUUACAAAGAAAGUCAACGUAAGACAUACUAAACCCAGCAUAAACCUCGUGCAGUAGAGCCCCCAUUAACUCACGCUAAAGUAGACUGGAACCGAUGCGCUACAUGUAACAGUAUAUCUAUCAUAGUUUGUCACUGUUUGUUCUGUAGGUGUGUUUUCAUGCAGCAAAACUGUGCUCAAUUAUAGUUUAGCAACUGUAACUCGGUCUGUCAAGCUUUGGAUCUGUCCACAUGUGUGAGAUGUGAUGUGUAUGUGUCUAUAUGCAAAGUGAGAAAUAUUACAUAUAUCUUUACCGUAGUUGGAAUACUAGGAACUACACCACAUGGAAGCUAAAGAUACUGAAUUUUCCCUGGGACAUGCAGCUUUAGCAGAAUUUUUUAAGGAUGAUAUCACAUGUGCACCCUUGAAGUGUACAUUUAACACCCUAAUACAAGGAUUUAAAAAAGGACUGGUUUAAAGUCAGUCAAAGACAGCAGUUUAAUACAUCUUAUGGAACUAGCAAUGACUGUGCUUACAUGGAUUUGAGUAUUGUGGUUACAACUGGGUUUCCCAGUUUUACGUUUGUGCAUGUAAACUUCAUAUCUCAAUUUCACAACCUGGAUAAGCUCUUAUCCUGGCUUUAAGAAGCUCAUAUCCUGGUAUUUAGAGACCUAGAUAUGCUCACUGGAGUACCCCCAAAGAAACUGAGCUACUGUUGCAUGUAUACAUGUUAUCCUGGUUUCUGACAGCUUGUGGCUACCUCAAUAGACACAAACAAAAACCAAGCGAUAUUUCCCACGAUUACUGUUUCACUGAUAUUGUAGCUGCUGCUUGUACUGUUUUUUUUUUUUCCUUUUGUUCCCAUGAACUGUUCAACUAUGUCACACAAUGGGUAAAUUAUCUCCACUUGGGGUCACUGAACUCCAUCAUGAUGAUUCUAUAUCAGUCAUCUUCAUCCAUGCUACCUGGCCCUACAUGGUGGCAAUAAGAGCCUGACACAGGUCAAAGUGGAGGACUUGUUCAAUACUUUCUGUCAGUGUCAUCUCCCAUUGCUGGAAAUAAGGUGGAUAAGCCAAAUCUGCAGCACUAUGUUGGCAUUUAAUCUUGCACAGCCAGCUAUUAGCCAAAGUGACCUCAUUUUCUAUAGCCACUGUCAGGUUAAUUUAAGGUUAGACUUAGAGUUAGCAGAAUGUCAGAUUAAAUUGCCUUUUUGUUUUGUAAUCAUCACAGACACUUGCACAAACACUAUGCAGUAAUCGGAACACUAGUGUUUUUCAUGCAUAUGUAGAUUUGAAAAACCAAAUAUCGCUGCACCUAAAACCAGGAUAUGCCUCAUAAAUGGGAUACUGGUAUGCAUGUAAGCACAAUAAUUAAUAUUAGUUCUAUUUGCCAGCUAAUUUUAGCUUAUAAAAUGUGAAAACCUCAGCGGUCUUUUUAGCCGGUAAGAUCAGCAGCUGCUAGGUACAAGUGAGAAUACAGCUAAGUGUAUCCCUGUUUAAAACAAAGUCCUAAAUAAAAUUUAGAAUAAAGUUAAAUCUGCCACUUUUUGCAUUGUGUGUGUGUGUGUGUGUGUGUGUGUGUGUGUGUGUGUGUGUGUGUGUGUGUGUGUGUGUGUGUGUGUGUGUGUGUGUGUGUGUGUGUGUGUGUGUGUGUGUGUGUGUGUGUGUGUGUGUGUGCAAUGUGGGAACAGAAAGCUUGACAGGCCGAGUAACUUGUAACUAAAAGUGAAUGACCUCAUCAGUGUAUAGACUAAUAUGUGUAAUUACAGUAACACAAAUGGUGUCAAACUAUAAAUUUACUUCAUGUAGCUGCUCGUCUGCUACCUGUCAGUGCUGCUUCAUUGUGAAGUGACUGUAUUUUGAUAAACCUUGAUAUUAUAUGCUCCCCUAGUGGUGUGUUUGUGUAACAGUUCGGUGCAUCAUAGCACAAACCCCUUCAGCAUUCAGGUAAUGAAUGCUAAUUCCCCUUCCUUUGUCAGGCUCCUAUGCAAAUCCAUAUAGAAAUACACAACCUGGAAGCAUUAUACCAGGAGAGGUGGAUUUGUAUGUUGGUCUGAUUUAGGACUGGAUUUUUCUUCCAUGAGGAACAAAACAUGGUGGGGAUUUUUGUUUGUUUGUUUGCUUUUAUUGUUGUUGUAUUUGUUGUUUUUGUUUGUGUUGUGACACCCCAUACAGUCGCCAAGUCCAUUUCAGUGCCUGAAAUAUGAUCUAAACACCACUGCCAAGUGGUAAAUCAGUUCAUAAAGACAAUGACCCAUCCAAACCGGUAUAUGAUCACUUCAUAAACCAUGAUAUUCUGACCAUAAACUAGCUCAUUGGCACUAAAAAGGGCCAAACACUAUGCUCUUUUGAAUGAGUGCUGAGGAGAGACUCUCCGAAAUAUUACAAAGGCAGAAAAGGGUCAGGAGAGACCUGAUCCAUUUUACUCUGGAAAGGUAGGAUUUCUGUGUUGGCUGUUUUGAGGAGAUGAGUGGAUAUCAGAAAAUGUCUCACACAGAGAGAUAUGGGCACUUUUUUUUUUUUUUUAAACUCACAUCUUAUCCAAUUUUCUGUGUAAGUGUGGUGGGCUUAAAGUGGUCUUGGGCAUUACAUGUGUCAUCACAGAUAGAAUCCACGUACUUCAAACUGUUGAAUUUUGCUUUUCCUUUUCUUUCUUCCUUGCUCCAUCCCACCCACUCAUAUUCUUGUUAGCUCUAUGUCACCUGGUAACCGGUAAACCCUGUAUUUAUCACAUGCAUAGCUGUCGUGUUGUGGUUAAUAGACGGAAAUGAAGAGGAAAGACGUGACCGGAAAAGGGGGAGUCCCCAUUAACCUCAAUGCUGAAAAUCACCUUGUCUGUUCUAUCAGGCUGCUGAAGCUAGCAGAGCUAUUCUUGCUGUCUGAAAAUAAAUGUAAAUGCAGCUCUGUGUUAUUUAUUCUGUUAUUAUUUCUGAAAAACAUAUGCAUGACCUUUAAAACCUAUCAGCAAAAUGCCGAACUGGUAAACUACGGCUAACAAAGGUCAGUUGGAGGCAUGAUCAUAUUUAUCUCAUGCCUCUUUUAGACAUCCAUAUCCAUUUCAGCGCAGAAAGCAACUAGUUUGCAUUCUGAAAACUAAAGAGUUAUACAGGUUUCUGUAUGUUAAUGUUAGGUUGUUAGCUCUUACUUUGCUUUGUUGACCCUGAAACAACAGUUGCCUAACAGGAAUCAAGUGGGUUUUUUGAUGCAUACACAUUCGUCUGCCCCCAUAUAAGAUGAAUAUUUGCAGGGUUAAUCCUUCCACUACACUCUGGUGGAGUGAAUAGAAAGUGUUCUUCACAUUAAUGCUAAUGCUGAAAAACAAAUUCAAAUCCUACCCUGCUUUAAGUACAGUGAAUGCUCUGGCAGGGGCCAUAUGGCCAGCAGAUGGAUGGAGUCCACGCUCAUUGCGUAUUCCACAAUUGGGGCAGGAUACAAAUGGAGUCAUUGGGGUUACCAAAAGACAGAGAGGAUGCAAUGUGGACCGAAGACAGUAAGUAUUAGCAUUAGUGUCGACACUAAUGUUGAGAUUUAGCGCAGCUUCUUGGCCUCUGUCACUGUUGAGUUAGCCUGUCGUUUUCUAUCCUUUCCACAGGGUUCAGGAGGUCAAAAUACAAAUUUGCAUGCAGUGCCCAAUGAUGCAGCAUUGUGCCUCGCUGUGUGUGGGAUGAACGGUGGGUGUGUGUGUGUGUGUGUGUGUGUGUGUGUGUGUGUGUGUGAAAGAGAGAGAGGGAGAGAGCUUGCACUGCAUAAUGGCUUGGCUGAUGUAUUUUUUAGCUCUCAAAUGGGAUAUAUUUCCAUCCCGUCGUCUGCUGCGUUCUUGAUUAAAUGAAGCGUGGAUUGGUUUGCCUCUCCGGAUAGACAGCGAGGAGCUGUGUGGAACGCGGUGGGAAGGAGAGAAAGACAAAGGCAACAAGUCUACUUUGUUGUGGAUUCACUGAUGCUGGAUCAGAGCAGGAGCGGCGAGCAAAUUUUCGAUGAUGAAAGAUGCGCUCGGGAUUCUACCUUAAUGGCUUAGUGUGAAUUACAUGAUGAAAUUCUUGUCUGUUAGGCUACAUAUGGAAAUGUAUUUUGAUACAGUCUGAGGGGAUUCUUGAUUUGUAAAGCCCAUGAAAGGGAGAUAGGGUCCUGUCUUUAUGCACAUGUCUGUUAUUGAUAUUCCAGCAAUGUUUUGAGGCCACUAUGAGGGAAUUUAGCGAAAGUAAUGUGUACGCUUUGAGGAUGUCUCCUGUAAAAUGAAGAUGUAUAAUUUUAAAUGACAAAGAGCCAGUUCUUGUUGAUUCAGGGAGGGCAAUUUGCCUGCGUUUUCUAAACCCAUAGGUCUUGAUAGUCAAUUUGCUGGCAUUAAGCUAAGGGGUUUCAAUUUCACAUUCCAGCAAUAAAGCAAGUCCUCCCCUCUUCUUCCUCUCCAUAUCUCAUUCUCUCCUCUAUUCGUCCUCACAGUUUGACAUUUUCUCUCUUGUUGUCUCCCCUUAUUUUCCAAUUUCUCCCUCUAAACUCAGCCCGCGGUGGCACGUUUGAGGCAUUAAUUGAAUAAUUAAUUCCUCUCAUUAGCUUGUUUUUAAUUAUUUCCUUGCCCCCUUCUCCAUGCCGAGUAUAAACUCAUCAGCUGUUUUCAUCCCUCCACACAAAUUGCCCAUGAAAACUGAGGGUUGGCGGAGUGUAGCUUUAGCACACUGGCUCUAUCAGUGGCUCCUAAUGAGGGGACGGAUAGUCCGGGCGGAACAAGCCUAACAGUGGCUUCGUGCACCAACAGGCACAAUACUAAUUUAGCUCAUUUAGUGUCCUUGGGCCAAUUAAAGGGAGGUGAAAAGGUCCGGAUCGCUAGCUGGAACUGUUUUCUCUGUAGGAGCUCCGGCCUUGGAUUGCACAGGCCCAGACAGCAGCAAACCGACCCUGUGUGUCUGAUUGCUCGUUUGUUUGCAGUGUGUUGCACUAAUGGAAUUUAUUUACCCUACAUUCACCAGAUUUGGCUCCUUUGAAGGGCCUUAUUAUUUGUGACACAGAUUCCUUCCCUGCUAAGGGGGUAAGUGGUGCUAAAGACGCUAUGCACGGUCUAUUUUUGAGCCCCUUAAUAAAUUAUGCCAGUGCUGAAUAGGCAAUCUUAGUUCUAUCAUUGUCUUGAUGAUAUAAUGAAAGAGAUAUGCAGUUCUGGCUCAGUGAUCCAAAGCCCACUGACAGCAAUAAAAUGACCAUCAUGUUCUGGCAUCCACUCGAUCUCCUCCUCUUUCAUUUUGUUCAUGUAUAAAUGUAAUUUAAGUUUGUUUCAUGUCCACCUCACACUCAGUGUAUGUCUUUUCUUUGCCUUACUGCUACAUUUUAUUGAUUUCUGUUUUUUUUUUGUUGUUGUUUGUUUGUUUCUUGUUUUACGUCCUUUGUUUGCUGACUGGGCCUGGUGUUGCAUGC